CCCCCAGAUUCAUGCCCAAAACAAGAAUUCGACGACCACUUUCCUUUUCUGAGCAGAUCAACAGGGACUUUCUCUCCAUAAAGACUUGAUCCUCUGUCCCUCCAAACUCUUGUCUUAUUGUUCUCUCCAUCUUCCAAGUUCAGAACAUAUCUCCACUUAUACACAUACCAAGCUUUCAUCUCCACAUAUCAAGCAAACAAUCAACAUGCCUCUAUUCAACCGCCAUCAAAACGUCGAGACCGCUCCUGUAGUCGAGGAGAAGCCUAAGCGCAGCAGCACGCUGUUUGGUCGUCGCAAGGAAACCGAGGUCUCUCCCGUUCGCUCCACCACUACCCAUCACACUACAACCACCAGCAGCACAUCGCCUCAUCGUCGCUCCGGUCUUUUGCACAGGAGAGAUGAGGACCCUACUAUCAUUGCCGCCCGGGAAAGAGUUAUGAAUGCAGAAGCUGCGGAACGAGAUGCCGAUAGAGCUCUCGUUGCUGCCAGAGUUGCUGUCAAGGAAGCGAGGGAACAUAUCAAGAGAUUGGAGAAGGAGGCUGCCGAAGAGGCGAGACUUGCCAGAAUCAAGCAGGAUCAGGCAAAGAGCAUGUCGAAGCGUGGACAUGCACUUGGUCGACAUGAAAACCACUAGGUCAUCAAACCCAGUGAUGCGUCGAAGUUGUUCUCACGAUGCGACGAUACCCUUUCCAACUUCACGCAACAUAUACCCCUCCUUUCAUUUGUCUCGAGCAAUGGCACGAUCCGAAUAUGUAUGAGUAUGCACAGCGAGCGAUGAGCAUGCGAGCGUGGUUUUGAUUUCAGCGAUUGUACAAUAAAUAGCUUGCAGCGUUUGAUCAUUUCAAUUCAAGAUUUUAUCAAAGAUUCUAUCAAGAACUAGGCUUCACCGAGAAUAAUUUGACUGCAACAAAGUGAUGGCUUGAAUUAUUCUAUUAUAUCCUCG